UCCGGCUGCGCUCGGAGGGUCCCGGCCCCGUUCCAGCAUCAGCCGCACGGAGCCGAACGGCCCCGGACCGAACCGAACCGACUGGAAGGUGAAAAGCGCUGCCCGGUCCCGCUGCGUCCCCCCCAGCUGCCAUCCCGACACGGUUGUGCUCUGCCAUGGCUGCGUACCCUGCUGCGGCUGCACCCAGAAGAGGAAGGGAGCAGCACUCUGAACCAGCCGCGCCUGGAACUGGAAGGGUUCCAAACCCCGACGUGGCUGGGCUCUGAACCCGGAGGGUCCCGCACCCUGAUCUGCCUUCGUGCCCCAAACCUGCGUGCUCUGCGCCAGCUGUGCCCUUAACCAGGAGGGUGCUGUGCCCCAAAGCAUCCUCACCCCUGAACCUGCUGCACCCUGAACCAUCCGCACGCCCAGACCUGGAGAGUGCUGCUCCCCAAAUCAUCCUCACCCCAGAGUGCUGUGACCUGAAGUAUCCUUCCCCACCGAACCUGCUGUAUCCUAAACCCACAGGGCUCCGUGUCCCGAAGCAUCCUCGUGCCUGGUCCAGCAGUGCCACGCUGUGAUGGAUGACUCCCCGCCGCUGGAAGCAGAGCUGGAGCACCGAUGGCUGCUCAAUGCCUCCCUGAACGAGUCCUCUGCCAACCAAUUCGUCCAGCCCCCAUGGCAGGUGGCCCUGUGGGCCGUUGCCUACACCCUCAUCGUGGUGGUGUCAGUGGUGGGGAAUGUGGUGGUGAUGUGGAUCAUCUUGGCUCACAAAAGGAUGCGCACCGUCACCAAUUACUUCUUGGUGAAUCUGGCUUUUGCUGAAGCCUCCAUGUCUGCCUUCAACACAGUUGUGAACUUCACUUAUGCCAUCCACAACGAAUGGUACUAUGGGCUGCUCUACUGCAAGUUUCACAACUUCUUCCCCAUCGCUGCCGUCUUUGCCAGCAUCUACUCCAUGACAGCCAUCGCCCUGGACAGGUACAUGGCCAUCAUCCACCCGCUGCAGCCCCGGCUCUCAGCCACUGCCACCAAAGUGGUCAUUGGUGUCAUCUGGCUCCUGGCCUUCCUGCUGGCCUUCCCACAGGGCUACUACUCGGUGACAGAGGAGCUGCCAGGCCGACUGGUGUGCCUGGUGGCAUGGCCGGAGCACAGCACCGACGUGUAUGGCAAAACGUAUCACUUCUGCAUGACUGUCCUGAUCUACUUCUUGCCACUGCUGGUGAUAGGCUGUGCCUACACCGUGGUCAGCAUCACCCUCUGGGCAAGUGAGAUACCUGGUGACUCCUCUGACCGCUACCACGAGCAGGUCUCAGCAAAGCGGAAGGUGGUGAAGAUGAUGAUCAUUGUGGUGUGCACGUUCGCGCUGUGCUGGCUGCCCUACCACAUCUACUUCACCCUGCAGUAUUUCAACCCCGAGUGGUACCUGCAGAAGUUCAUCCAGCAGGUCUACCUGGCUGUCAUGUGGCUGGCCAUGAGCUCCACCAUGUACAACCCCAUCAUCUACUGCUGCCUCAAUGACAGGUUCCGCGUGGGCUUCAAGCAUGCAUUCCGGUGGUGCCCAUUUGUCAGUGCUGCUGAGUACGAGGGUCUGGAGAUGAAGUCAGCCAGGUACCUGCAGACACAGAGCAGCAUGUACAAGGUCAGCCGGAUAGAGACCACCGUGUCCUUGGCGGUUGGUGCAGCUGAGGAGGAGCUGGAAGAGAGCAAAAAGGGCAAACGUCUCUCUGUAGACAUGACCUCCAAUGGCUCCUCACGCAGUGACUCCAAAACUGUCUCCGAAAGCUUCAGCUUCUACUCCAACACACUCACCUAAGCGGCUCCCAAACUCUGUUAGCCACCCAUCUGGAUGCUGCCAUACCUUUCCCUCACCAGAAUGCUCCAGCGCGUGAUCCACCCAGCAUCAUCACCCUGGUUUUAAUGUACUGGCUUCUGUCUGUGCUGUUUUUUCAUCUCCUGCUGUGCUGCUGCUCACCUGUGAUGCUUGAGUGAACCCAAGAGCAAAAGCUUCAGACUGAUUUCAUGUGUUUCAUCAUGGCUCAUGUCCAAACACAAACAAGGUUUUUCUGGCCUCCGCCUUGCUAUCUGCCUCUCCAACCUGCCAUGUGCCGAUAGGCUGCAGAAAUAGAGCAGAGCUGGGUUUUUCUCUUAAACCAGAAGUACAAUGCUGGCAGGCACUUCCCUGCUUUCUACGAGGCAGCAGGUGUCUCUCAGUGCAUCCAACAUCCAAGGGAAAAUAAAUAAAUCUUUCCUGCUCCCAACUUUAAUUUCAUUCUGUCCUUCCCAGUUGAGUAUCCAGAGAGGUAUUCAAUACCAAAAUCAAGCAGAAGUGCUGUUUUCAACUUCAAAAUACCCUUGUGGCACCACUGGCCAGUCAGUGCUUCAGCUGAACAUGGUGGUUUUGUAGUCUCAGCUCAUCUCCAGCACCCACUAUUCUGCAAAGAGCCACUCCACAACACAGCUCAGCUCAUCAAAUCAGGGCUCUUGGAAAGGAUUUCAGAACUAAACCAGGCUUUAGUUGCCAUUAAUCAUUCAUCUGUGCCAAAAUCAAUCACUGUGAUCUCAUUCUAGGCCUAAGGCUAUAGGUCACAAGUAGAUUUUGGAAGUCUCUGGAGCUCUGGAGAAGAACUGACUGAAUGGACAAGAUCUUCACAACCUGAAAGUGCCUGGAGCUGCUCAGAAAGAGGCACAGUAGGUUUUUGUUGGAAAAACAAAGCUUUGUCAACAUAAAAUGUUGGAAGGGUGACAUGAAUUUUGCAGAAAUUUUGACUCAGGGGAGAGCAGAAAUGAUUUCACUCACACUUUCUGGAUUUUGUUUUAGUCAGGGAAAUGUUUCUCUUUUCCUCUCCCUGGCUUGUGCAUGAAACAUUAAGGUUAUGAUGGGUAACUUGGAUGUUUGUUAUGUUUUAGUCCUGUUCUGAUGAUGCAAUUUUAACCAGGGGCUGCUCUCAGCAAGGGCUCCUUUGGUCAGUAAAUGUAUGGAAGGAGGGAAAAAUGAAAUAAAAUGAGAAGUUGGUAAAUGUAGCAUGUUAGGAAAAAACCCACCAGUCUGGGCUGUUGUAUUGACUGCUCCUUCCUGCUCAAAAGCUGCUGGCAUAACCUCUCACUUUUUUGGUGCAGAAAUCGGACUCACAAAGUGGGUUGAACUUUGCCACAAGCUCCACAGGUGCUGUGCUGCCAAUACAUGAGAAGGUGAUACAAACCAGAGCCAAAUGCUGAUUUAUUUCCAGCUGCCAACCCAAAAUGAAGGCAAAAAUGAAUGUCUCAAAGUGCACUGAAGAGCCAGCAAGUAAGGCCAGCAGAGAUCUGGUCCGCACGCACCUUGAGCACACAAGUUUGUGUUAGCUUAAGAGCUUACAGAAGUCAGCGUUCAAAUACACAGAAAAUAACCAGGCUGCCUUUUUUCUCCCCUGUGUCUGAUGCCCUCAGGACACUGUGAUUAUGAGAUGUGCAGAGAAACGACAGCCGUCUUCUCACAAGCAAUGCUCAGCUUGAAACAUGAGAUAACCCCAAGAGAGUUUGUGGAGACCUCAGAUCAAGGCUUGCAGCCUGAAAUGCCCCUUGUGCCCCUUGUACCAAGCUGUCUCUUGAGAUAAAGCAGGCAGAAUUCCCACCAGUUACAAACUGGGAUGUCCAAGCGGGUAGAAAUGACUCUAGGGGAAGUUUUCAUCAGAUGGAGGCCAACGCAGGAAAAGGAAAAUGCUCUGGGUAAAUGGGAAUAUGUCCAGAGCCAAAGACUCUUCCCAACUCCAAGUGCCAAGCUGUCUCACAGGUGGAGGUGGGAAAGGCUAUUGUAACAUUUAGGCUCCAGGCCAACCUGUGAGAUGGAGUGUUUGCAGCAGGGCUGUGUCCAUGCUGAUGACAUGCUGCGUUCACCAUGUUCUUGGUGUGCAAAAGCCACAGUGAAAUCUUCUUUUGAAGUCUGAGAAGCCCAGAAAAAGACUCACCUGCCUGAGAGGGGGAUGGGACCUCUGAUCAUGCCAGCUGCAGUACAUUCAGCUUUCCUAUCAGACAGAUCAGUGGUGAUACAGAGACUUUUCCUACUUUGUUAAGCCUGGUUUUCUAGUUUGCUUUCAGAUCUCUGGUUAGAAAUUCAAUUGCAAAGCAAGAGAGUUUCUUUGCCUCUUUCCUGAUUCUCUGAAAUGCAAGACCACAGCCAAAGCUCCCAGCACAAGAGCACCUCGCUUUUGCUUGCUAUUAAUAAUUAUAGAAAGAAAACCCAACCACACAGCUUUCAGGCUUCAGCAACCUGUUAGUCUAAUCACAUCAUCCUGCAUCCCCAAACCUGUCUCCAGUUGAGUAAUUCACACAGUGGUUUUAAUGAAAAGCUUAACUUGGUUCCUUCUCACAUGGCUUAUCUGCCCAAAAUACCAUCCCUGUUGGAGCUUCUAUCACACCCAUCAGUGAAAUGUGCUCGCUGGGGCAUGUCAGAGGAGGGACAAUGAAUCCCAACAGCAGCUGAGGAUAUGAGAAGACUCUCUGGUGUCUCUGCCCUUAACCUUUCCAUCCCAGACAAAAGGCAUCCAGUUUCAGUGCAAUACAAUACGCCUGAGGGAUGUGAUGGGACAAGCUGGGCUGCAGUGUACAUUAAGGGUUUGGGUAUUUGGUGUGGUGCAGUGCAUAGGAGCUUUGGGUGAGGUUCCUCCCAUGGUAGCAUCUCUAUACAGCAAAAGCUUCCCUCCACAGAGCCCUCCUGUUCCAAAUGGCCUCCCUCUCUAAUUAUUGGGUUUGUUAAGUCCCGGUGGAUUUUCAUAAAUAAAUGUUUCUUUUGUUGAGGCUAUGUUGCAACUGGUUAAUGAGCCCGCGGCUAUGGGAGGCAGUGGCCAGCAGCAUGGUGGGAGUGGGGCAGAAGGGGUGAAUAGGUUAUAAUUUGCAGCUGUUAAUGAGAGGAGCAUUGCCGAGACACAUUUGAUUGACAUCACUGCCAAAGGCCCUGUCCCAUAUGCCUAUUAAGCCCUGUUUCUUUAUUUCCAUGGGUUACUUUAUCAUGCAAAAGGGAGAGGAUGGAUAGUGCCACACAGUGCUGCUGUGCUCCCAGAGAGCCCUCUCUGCAGUGAGAGGAAGGU